UUUCCAUUGUAUAUAAACAGAUACGAAAUCCACAAUUAACUUAUUUAUGUGGGUUUUGAAUUUAUAGAUUAUCCACAGUUUUGAUUUAAAUCUCAUCUUAAUUUAAUAUAAUAUAAUAGAAAUAUAUAGUUGCAAAAAUGGUUUGUUCUGCUGCUGAAUGUGUUUGUGCUAAGAAAUCCACUUGUUCUUGUGGUGCUCAACCAGCUUUAAAAUGUAACUGUGAUAAGGCUAGUGUUGAAAAUGUUGUUCCAACUGAUUCUGAUGCUUGUGCAUGUGGUAAGAGAUCUAAGGAUGCUUGUACUUGUGGAGCUCAUGCUGUAUGUGAUGGUACUAGAGAUGGUGAAACAGACUUCACUAACUUGAAGUAAGGAAUUCGUACCAGUUUAAAUGGUAAAUUAAUUAAAUCAUGAGUACAGAAUUACUGUACGUGGGAAUGAAGGUUGGCAUUUACAAGAAAAUCUAAUAUAUUAUGUUUAUUUAUUGCUUUUAUUGACUAUUAACAGUAUUCUUAGUCCUUUUUAUUUUUUAGUUUUUUAUUUUAUGUUCAUUAUGUAUAAUUUACAACUUAUUUAUUAAUUCUUUAUAUUCAGUCUAGUGGUACUAUUAGAAGUGUGCUGCUCACCUAAUUAAUAUACAUACAUAUAUAGAAGUACUGCUUAUAGUAGUCAUUAGCUAAUGGGUGCAAACGAGGUCGGCUUAGAAGACCCAAGACGAAUGUCGCGCAUCCCCAUUCCCAUUCUCAUUCUCAAUUCCCAUGUCUGUCUGCGACAUCACCGAGGGUGUCGAUCGGCACCCCGGAAAUGGC